AAUCCUGGCGGCUCAGACUCCAAUUGGUGAAAAGCCGCCACCGCCGUGCUGUGGCUUCAUUGUGCGACACAAAUGACCGGAUUGAAGCACCCCGGCUAGCCACUAUCACCUCGUCUUAUGCAACUCAAAGAACAGCACCUCUAUUUUAGGGCGAAGAGCCCCAGUCCGUCACAAUGGAGUUGUCUUCAGAAUCGCAGUCUCUUUUUGGCGGCAUUCGAGCUCUCAUGGCCAAGAUUUUGAAUCGCGAUGUAUCCUUUUCCCAGGUCAAUGUGGCCGAUGGCUUGCAUCAAGCUGCCGCGCUCGCAGCCAUGACCCUUCUCUUCACAACACACCGGUCAAUAUCGAACAUUGGAUUCACCUUGCGUCGAGAGGGGAUUUCAACAGAUACUUACAUUGUCUUGAUUGUUGGACUUGUCGCGUUGGCUUGGACAACUUUAGUUGUCAUCAGCGGUGUAUUUCUCCAGGACCGUCCAUGCCGUCAAGGCUUUCGGCAAUGCGCUGCUAGAAUGGCCUAUGUCCCCUGGAUCUUGGUCAUCCUGUUUCUUUUCUGGCUCAUCGCUUUUACGAGCGAAAUUCUAUACCUACGCACCAAGGAUUCGCAAUCCCCAAAGAUCACAGAACCCGAAGUAGACCCAGAGUCACUGGCCAAACAGAAGAUAUCAGCAUGGGCACCUACACUGAAUAUUUUCCACUUUCUUCGUCUUGACAAAUGGCGCAUUUGGAAUAUGGAGUGUUCUCACGGAGCAACAAACUGGGCCGGAUCUGUAAGCCGAUCAUAUCGAUGGGCUUUAUAUGGCACAAUGCUAGCUAUCAGCCUUCUAGUGAGCACUGCAGCAAUCACGGAGAAUCUCUUCACUACUGGCCUCCUAACUCUGGUUGGCGUGAUUCUAUUCAUUGUCGGAGCCUCGGGUCAGAACAAGUACGAAACAGCUCCUCACAUAUAUACGCGAAACACACUCAGAGUCAUGCUGCACACAAGACACAAGGAAGGGACAUCAUAUAUCCUUCCCUGCAGGAACCGAGGGUUUGAUGCUGUGUGGGGCCCGAAAAUUGAGUAUGAAAACAGGUCCUUGGAUGAGGCGGUUGAGAAAUUUCAAGACGCUGGAGGGUACGCCAAGGGAAAGUUGAUUUGGAUGGACAAGGUAAUGGCGUCGUUCAACGCCGCGACAGAUCUUACGAUACACGACGUGAAUGACCUCGCUUCGUGGCUUUAUGAGCCCGGGAUGAAUCCACAGAUGUGUCGAGUCGCCUGCAAACGUGCUCCAGGAAUUCAUCUGAUCGGCCACAGCCUCGUGCAGGCUCUUUGGCAAGCAGAAUACCUCGUCUUUCAAAAGCAAAGUUUGAUAAGAGAAGAGCUGAGGGAAAAGAUUGGGAGCUUGAGGGCAGGCCGCGGGAGUGGACUCGAUUUAGGAACGCGAGGGUCACAGAUUGGAAGUAAACCGGGCUUGGAUGGCUACCAAGAAGCGGUGAGAUACGUUUAUAAGCUUCUAGGAGAAAAGGCGGAUGGAAAUGCUCUGAAUCCUACGUCCGAAUGCCCGACAUCUAGCGUUGUUCUCGACCCCUGUCCUGCCAACAUUGAGGAGUACGUCGCGCAGCUAUGGAGAUUGUGCUUCGAGACGCAGGAAUCAACCUUUGCGGCAUUGUUUGCCUUCACCACUUAUUGGCAGGCGGACAUAGGGAAUGACCCUGAGAAUGGUUGGCAUGGAUUUCCUCUACGGGUUAAGGAUCGCGAGGGGGAUAUCAUCACAUGGCAUAUCAUUUGGAGACAAGCGUGGUACGGCGCCGUUAUCUCUCAGUUAACGAGCAUGAGUCCAAUCAUCUUUAGCGCGUUCAUUGCAGGUGUUUUGCAAUGAAUUAGGGGUAGGUUUGGACAAGUGAUCCCUCGCGUGGAAGGCGACCUCCAGAACGACAUGCUGAGAU